GGUGUUGCCAGCCGCAAACAUUGGAAAAAGGGGAUAAAGUGUGUUGUCAUUAUUUCGGCUAUGACUCGCUCAGAACAGCGUGUCCUUUUCUGCAGGUGUCGUGAAUAUAUUGUCCCGUGAGGGGCUGCAGAAAUAAUUUUCUCUCUUUCAAAUUGCUGAGAUGAUGCCGCUCAGGACUGAUCAGAACGCUUCCAUCACUUCGAAAUCGCUCAGACAUUUAUGCGGCUGUCGCCAGACCACCUAGACUGACUAGAGUACUACCGUAUGCGACGGUUGACGGUCUUGCUCCGAAUAACUUUGUGAAGUGGCUUCACAGUAUCUGCGGUGCGUAGCCUCGUCACGGAAAGACCUAUGCGCGAAUGCUGUGCUCAGGCGAGCGAAUAAUGAGGUGACUGAAGAGGACGCCAUGUAUGACCAAGGCGGCCCGUCGGGACGACCGGGCGCUGCGGCCGCCUCGUUUGCCGACACGGGCGCCGAUACCCCACUCCGCCAGGAGGAGAGUCGGAGGAUGGAGCUGGGCUCGCGCCGCUCGACGCUGACCCGGCCGCGCUUUCGGCCGCCGCUCGAGGACGGCUACAGCGCUGGGGAGUGUGGUCUGCUCGGCUGCCGGCCGCGCGGCCUCCAGCGGCUGGCCAGCAUCAAGGUGUUUGUGCUGCUGCUGUCGCUGCUGGUGACGCUGCAGCAGGCACUUAGCUCGGGCUACCUGAACUCGGUUAUCACAACCAUCGAGAAGCGGUACGAGAUCCCGUCCUCACUGACGGGCGUCAUCGCCUCCUUCUACGAGAUCGGCAACAUGCUCACGGUUAUCUUCGUCAGCUACCUGGGCUCGCGCCGACACGUGCCUGUGUGGAUUGGCAGAGGCAUCAUGGUGAUGGGCCUUGGCAGCCUGCUCUUCUCCGUGCCGCACUUCCUGACGAACAGCUACAGCCUCAGCGUGGAGGCGAACGCGAGCAGCGCGCCGGAGAACGUGUGUCGCGACUCGAACAACUACCGUCAGCUGCAGGAGCUCGGCCUCGGUAAACUGGCGGAGGGGCUGGACGACCUGUCCCGGGACCUAGCGUCGCCGCCGCUCUCUCCGCACAAUAACCUGCACGGCCGCCGUGACAACUGCAUCGAGGGCACGGUCAGCAACCUGCUGCCGGUGUUGAUCUUCAUGCUGGCGCAGCUGCUGCUGGGCUCGGGCGGCUCGCCCCUCUUCACGCUCGGCACCACGUACAUCGACGACCACGUGCCGCGCGAGAGCUCCUCCUUCUACAUCGGCUGUAUGUACAGCAUGGUGGCGUUCGGGCCCGUGCUCGGCUUCCUGCUGGGCGCCUACAUGCUGUCACACCACGUCGACUCGUUCUCGGGCCUGCCGCUGCCGCACGGCGCCGACACGUCCGAUCCUCGCUGGGUCGGCAUGUGGUGGGGCGGCUUCCUCAUCUGCGGCAUCGGCAUGUUCAUCCUCGGAGCGCUCUUCUUCCUCUUCCCCAAGAGUCUGGAGGCCGAGAAGCAGCGCGUGCGCGAGGAGGAGAAGGCCAAGGAGGCGAAGCGGCAGCAGCGGGCCGGCUCGCGCGUCUCCGAGGAGCACUGCCAUCACGUGCGACCGCGACACUUCUCCGACCACGAGCCGCACGUGCACCACGCGCCGCGCGGCCACCGGCGCACCGCCAGCAGUAACGUCGUGAUCGAGCACGCCAGCAAGCCGGGCCACUUCAAGCCCGGACACCGACGCACACUCUCCAACCCCACUGAGCAGGAACAGCGGAACCGACUGCGUCACCUGGAGCUGGCGGCGCCGGCCCGCCCGCCGCCGGGCCCCUCCCGCACCGUGUACACAGUGUCGCAGACGGCACUCAGCAAAGGUCCGCAGGGCGCCCCGGCCCAGGGCAGCUUCCACCGCGGCCACCGGCGCACCAAGUCGAAUGUGUCGCAGGUCAGCCGCGCCAGCCGAGCCAGCGCGCGCUCCAGCCGCUCCAACUACGGACGCGAUGUGAAAGACCUGCCCAAGUCCAUGUGGAAGCUGGUGUGUAACCCGAUCUACGUGGUGACUUGCCUGGGCGCCUGCAUGGAGCUGAUGAUUGUGUCCGGCUUCAUCGUCUUCCUGCCCAAGUACCUGGAGACCCAGUUCAGCCUCAGCAAGAGCCAGGCCUCCGUGUUCGCCGGUGGAAUCGCCAUCCCGGGCGCCUGCAUGGGCGUCUUCAUGGGCGGCUACAUUCUGAAGCGACUACAGCUGCGGCCCAAGGGCGCCGUCCAGCUCAUCCUCAUCUUCCAGAUGAUCUCGCUGGCCAUGUACAGCGUGCUGUUCGUGGUCGGCUGUGACAACGUCAAGAUGGCUGGCGCCACGGCGCCGUACUACCUCAGCGGCCGCCAGUCGCCUGAGAUGUUCAGUGUCAACCUGACGGCCAGCUGCAACUUCGGCUGCGACUGCGACCGCAACGAGGUCGAGCCCGUCUGCGGCACCAACGGGCUCACCUACUUCUCGCCCUGCCACGCUGGCUGCACCACGUACAGCUCCAAGAGCAACUACACCAACUGUGCAUGCAUCGACGUGGGGGGCAACUCGAGCCAGAGCUACGCCGAGAUCACCAUGGUGCCGGUGGCCACGCCCGGCUCGUGCUCGCGCUCCUGCUCUAACGCGCUGCCCUUCAUGGUGCUGCUGUUCUUCAUGACGUUCGUGGUGGCCAUCACCCAGAUGCCGCUACUGAUGAUCGUGCUGAGGUCGGUGGACGAAGAGGAGCGAGCAUUCGCGCUCGGUAUGCAGUUCGUCAUCUUCCGGCUGUUUGCCUAUAUUCCGUCUCCGAUUCUAUUCGGCAACGUAAUUGAUUCGACCUGCGUCCUGUGGAAGUCGCAGUGCGGCGAACGCGGUGGCCGGUGCCUCGUCUACGACAUCGAGGUCUUCAGGUUCAAGUACGUGGGAAUAUGUGCUGGACUGAAAGUGUUCUCGGCCAUCAUCUUCCUGCUGGACUGGUUCAUGAUACGCUGGAAGUACAAACUGGACAUGGAUCAUACGAUGACGGUUGGGGACAUCGUCAACUCCAUCAUCAGCGUUGACAGAGGGUACCACGAGGUCGAGCUGGAUGAGGACGUGAUCGAGGAGGAGUGGCACGCGGCCUGUGACUCAGCCUCGGCGCGCGGCUCGCUCGACUCGGCCGACUCGACGCUGCUUCCAACCGACGGAGCGGCGCUGGAGAGGCUCUGAGAGUUGGGCGGCCCCUCCCCUUCCCUUCCCAACACACUGUGAUUGGACCAGCGGCGUCGCUGGUAGCUGGAGCGCAUGCAGAUGACGGUAUUUUUGUUACGGCGCCCGGCCGCGUACGGUUGUGGGUGGCGGGGGGGGGGGGGCGUGUACGAGCGGGUGUUCGUGGGGAAGGGUGAGGGUCACGGUUGGCAACCACUCCGUCAGUAUUGCGUCCUCACGUACAGUAUUCUGACGGCAGGGAGCACACCUGGCCAAUGGCAACAGGGAGCACACCUGGCUAAUGGCAACAGGGAGCACACCUGGCCAAUGGCAACAGGGAGCACACCUGGCCAAUGGCAACAGGGAGUACACCUGGCCAAUGGCAACAGGGAGCACACCUGGCCAAUGGCAACAGGGAGCAUACCUGGCCAUUGGCAACAGGGAGCACACCUGGCCAAUGGCGAGUCGACGUGGCACGCUGCUCGCGCGGAAGUUGCCUUACAAAUAGUGAUGACUAAUUUUUAUAGGUGGCAGUGAGCCUAAAUUGUGUCAGUUACCUGAGCGCACAUGAGGCAACGUUACGUUGUGCGGCCAAAUGAUCGCGCUCCUUGGAAGGACGUUGCGCUGAUCGGACUCAUCAGACGUUUGUCGCCUUUUGUCGUGUGAUGUACAUGACGUGCUGGAGGCCGGCAGGCACGGUUGUGUCGUGGCGUCCGUUUAUUCUGCGACGGAAUCAUUCGCAAUGGUGGCGCUCGUCUAGUGUUCACUGGCCGGAUGUUGUGGUGUGCGUCUUCUCGAACAGUUCCUCACCGCCGCAGUCUGGACCGUGCCGUCGACCUGCCCGUGGCGACAAUACCGCUGGGCCAUUGGGCACUGCGUCCACCGUCAGCGUUUGCCACGCACCUGCGUGCAGCUGUUUUGGCUCGUGCUCGUGCGACGGGUACCGGCCUCUGGCCCUGGUGCGCAUCAGCUGCUGCCAUUUGCGGCCGUUGGUCGUCAGCCGCCGCAGCGUGCACUGGCUAUGUGGCUCGCGUGGCGGCUGCUGUAGCCUGCAAACCGCAUGGUGGCUGCCGCAGUGUGCAAACCAUACGUAGCUGUUGUGGCGGCUGCCGCCGCUUGCAAGCCGUGUGUGUGUCUGAUGUUGCGGCUGCCGCCACUUGCAAGCCGUGUGUGUCUGAUGUGGCGACUGCCGCUGCUUGCAAGGCGUGUGUGUUUGUUGUGGCGGCUCCAGUCGCCGGCAGACCAUACGUGGCCGGCGUGGCGGCUGAGGCGGUGCGCGGCGGGCGGCCGUCUGUGUCCGUCCCCCGGCCGGGGCCGUGGCCGCGCGCCGGCCGGCCGCACGAUGUCCACGCCUCAGCCCCGAGCGAGGCGCGCCCGGCUGGCGAAGCGGCUCCGCUGGUCUGGCCGUGUCUCUGUUGACCGUCCAGGAGCGAGCCGGCGGCGGUGACAGUGCCAUGCCGUGCCGUGCCGUGCCGUGCCGUGCCGUGCCGUGCCGUCCGCAGAUCGGUCGGAGCGAGCGCCGACGCCGGGCGUGCCCAGUGCGCCUGGCAAUCUGAUCGGACUGCGCUGCGGCCGCGCGGGGGCGGGAGGCGCAGUGAGCUGCCACGCGGCGGAGUAGCGGCCCACUGCAGGCGCAGUCAGGCUAGAUCAGGCCAUCGGGCCGCAAUUGCACGACGCUUUAUUGAUGAUACUUAUUUAAAUAGACUUGUAAUUUAUUUGUCAGACGGAUAGCAUGUUAAGGACAGUAUUAUGCCGGUUAGUUGUGUAUAGUGCCGCCUCGGGUAUCUUCGUUCAUGUCGUGAAAUUAGUGGCAGAUCUAUCAGGAGCUAUUUCUCAUGUCUUCAAAUCAGAGACCAAUAGCUGAUCAUGUUAUUAUUUAUUGUUGUACUUAAUGUCAUGACACCUCAGUUGUCCGUUAGUCUCCAGCUAUGCGUUAUUGUGUUCAAAUAUAUAGUGUGUUACGUG